GAUUGAUUCCUUGUGGUGGUAGUCGGUCGGGCUCCGCGGUAUGAUAUGUCGCAUUUUUUUUUAUUUGGGUAAAAACCAUAAACCGGUGGGAGCUCAUUACUCAAUUCAUAUUUUGGAUCACCGUGAUUUGUAACGAACUUCACGGAUAGCUGAAGAACGUGGAGAACGUGACCCAGUUAAUUGCAUCGCAGUAGGUUAGCGGCAAUCAGCGUGGUGCAGCAAAGUGUUCUUCUCGGUUUCCAAGGUGUUUAGCGUUUGUUUAGUGCACUUGUGUGUCAAAGUGGAAUUCAUUAUAAAUCGGUAGAAAAUAGUGAAAAAUGUGAACAGUUUCUCACCUUUUGUGUAACGGGCGUGCGUUGGAAGAAAUAACUAACAAGUGCCCCAGUACCCGUCGGUAAGAAUUCAAGUGAGAAACGAACCCGCUCCCUAUUGGUAAUUGUUGUGCAGCAGCAGUGUCGCAGUGCCCACAAGAAAUGAAAAGUGCGGAGGCGGUUGCGGCUUAGUGCCAGUGGCGUAGUUAGGAUUUUUUCUGGGGCCGAGCUAAAAAAAAAACCGCGCAUCGAAGCCUGAGAGCGAGCAGCGAGUGUUUUCGAUCGAUUUGAGGUGCCCAGUCAGCCAACCUACCUGUUUUCCAUCGCCGCCGUGCCCGUACUCGAUGUCGAUGUCGUGCACUAUUAUGGAUGGUCGAUUCCGACUAUGGCAUGAUGAUGAUGGUUGUUGCUCUUGAGAGAUCCAGUAGAAUGAUGAUCUAAUAUGUGUGUAACUGGAGGAGAAUAAGUGUUUGAAGUUUUGAAAUGAUGAAACGUGACGAAGUCCGGUAUGUUACGGUUAUUUUAAAGUGAAGAGAAAAAGGCUCUGAAGCAGAAAGUCGAAUAAGCCUCAUAUUUUGAAUAAGAGUGAUAAAAUGUUUUGAAAGCAUAGUGAUUUUUUUUAUGAGAAUCCAGCUAAGCCUGGUAGCGAUACGAGAAAAGAGAAAAUGGAGCAGUAGUAAGUGAACGUGAUGUAUUUUUAUCGUAUAUCGGGUGCCAUAUCUAGAUAAGGGGUUUCAACGAGCAAUCAAUGAAAGUGUGGUCUUUCCGUCGAAACUCGUUUCGUGUUAGCCGAUAAGGCUCGUUGAGAUUGGAGAAGAAUGCGAUUCGAAUCCCGGCUGGGAGAGUGAUACUAAUUUAAACGACGUGAAAAGUGUAAAUAUUCGAUUUUGUGUUAAUCAAAGCUGCUAAAAAUGGAACGCGGCCACGACCAAGCGUCAACUGCGAAUACAAUGGAUAACGACGAUAUCGCUGAUACUGAUAUGGCAACCAGGAACGACAUGGCGCAGAUUCAGCACGAGGACUACAACGACGACGAAUACGAGAUGGAGUUGGAGCGGCGUCUAGAUAUGGGCCGGAGUUCUUCGCAGGGUGACGAGGAUGUGGACUACGACGGUGACUUCAAAGAGCUCUAUGAAUGUCGUUUCGAUGGUAGUUGGUCAGAUAACAACCUGAGUGAGAAGCAAAACUACGCCGACCAAGAGAAGGAGAACCAUUCGACGGCCUACGACGACCACCAGUACAGUAGUCAACAGCAGCAACUACAGCAAUCGCAGGUCAUCGACCCAUUCCUGGCCAUCCCUGAACCGCCCGAGAAUCUCCAACUGCAGCAAUGUCCAAUCUGUUCGCGCAACUUUGUGCCAACGUCGUUGGCCAAACACAUCGGCAUCUGUGAGAAGAUGCAGUCCAAGAAGCGCAAACCGUUCGAUUCGUCCCGACAACGACGCGAGGGAACCGAACUGGCCUCGUACCUGCCAAAGAACUUUGGUCUGCCCCAGAAUCACCCGCAGACCCGAGUUUCACCACCAAAAACGACAAAUCCCGUUCGGAAACUGAGCACAAGUAAAACUCCAACUCCCCAGCGGAAGGACUACGGAGACGGCGGCGGCGGAAUGAACAACCUCAUGUCUACUUCGCUAACGCUAUCCAGCACUUUGACACCAACCGGAACCAGCUCGAACGCCAUGGCAGCAAACUCCUCGUCCACGACUCCACGCCCUACGCUGAAGCGAAGUCUCUCCCAACAGAACGAACCCUGCCCGUAUUGCGAGCGAUGCUUUGGCUUCAAGGCGUACGAUCGACAUGUGGAAUGGUGCCGCGAGAAAGCCCUUCUUACCAAGAACGCCAACAACAGUCAGUCAAUAUCCGCCGCCAAAGAGAGGUUGCAGGCCCGGAUUCAGUACAAAGCACCUCAAAUCAAGUCAAAGCGUGCCUUAAACCGCGAGAAGUACUCCGGCAGUCUCAGCUGUGGUGGCUCCACCAACAGUCUAGCAGAUUUGGAUCUUCCCCUGCCGAGGCACAGAAGCCAUUUGAACUCGAUGAGUUCUUCCAUCUCCAGUGAUAACAAAUCCGAUCACUCGGGAUCGUUGAAGAAAGUGUCCCCGCAACAGCAGCAACAGUUUGAGCUGAUAGCCACAUCCAAGCAGCAAACCAGCGAACGGAAAGGUCCCUCGAAAAAGCGCGAAAUCAGGGCCAAUCUCUUGGAGAACGAAAACUACAUGCGAAGCAACAACGACAGCAAUAACAACCACAGCCCGGGUAAUAAAAUUUUCAGCAAUAAUCUGCUCAUUAGGCCAACUCAGGACGUCCGAAGGGAGAAGGAACAGGCGGUGACCGUCGAGAGGGUCGAUAAAUUGGAGCUGAUUGGCCGAGGCGGAGAUCAGCAGCAGCAACAGCGAGUUCCGCUGAAACGAGGCGCCACCAAAAUCGUUAAAUGCAACAAGAGUGGGUUUUCCCCCGAAAGGUAUGAUCCUUUUCUGUCUGCCAAGAGGCAACUGGAGGAGCUAUUCUCGCCAUCUUCCAGCCACAAUGCCUCGGCUUCACGCCAACAGCAGAACGCACAGACUCCGACAUCCAACACUAUGAGCAAAUCCGUUGUGACUCCGACAAGCAAGACUUCACCGGUUAACAACUCGAACUUCAGACGAGCCUCAUCCCUUCGAAUGCCCCGAAAGGUGUCGCGACCAAUGUACAUAGAGAAAGCCAAAUCCAACAUCCAGAAGGGCAUCACAGAUGACGGACCGGUUUCUCCAAACUUCUUGAAGUCCUCCGAGUAUGACGAGAUCCCCAUCAAAUCGGCCUUCAAUGCACUGCAAAUGGCGGAGAAACCCAAAAUGCGGGAAUCCAACACGGUACGGAAGAAUCUCAAACUAGACAUCAAAGAUCCGAACAUGCCGGCCAUGGACGUUCCACUGUCGAAGACAGACUCCCUGGCCGUAUUCUUGAAAUACGAACACGAACUUACUCUGGCGGCGAUGAGUGAGAAAGACAUGAAAGAUAAAAGUAACAGCUUGAGUAAACGGUCUUUGUCGCUGGGUGGACACGAGAGAAAGGAGUCAAUGCUCUACGGAGGAGUUACUGGCCACGGUAUUAAAGCUGAUCAAUCGCCUCAAGAUGAAAAAGACAAAACGGACAAAAUCCUUCAAGACAUCCAACCAUUCAAGAAGCUUCAGCAAAAGCUUAUUCCGAUUAAGUUAGAGCCUAUUAACAUAACCUAUAGUAACAAUAGCAGCGCUCAGAAGACUAAUAUCAGUAGCAACAGUGGUACCAAGAAUAACACUAACAGUAAAAUUAGUAACAAUAUCAGCAGUACCAACAUUAGCACCAACAAACCAACUGUAAUAUCGCUGGAUGCAAUUCUCGGUAAGAAACCCAAACCACCUCAACAGGAGGAGAAAGAGAACCGCAAAGAUCCGAAUUACAUCGAUCCGAAGCUAAUCAACAAGUGCGACAACCUCCCAAUCACAUCUACCAAAUUACCGUCCUCCGAAUCGGAGUGUAGUGCGAGCACGAUUGAAAUUUCAAAGAAACCAACCGAUUCGAAUCGGUUAGCCGAAUCUUCCAACAGUUCUCCGGAGAAAUCUGGUGGUGGCGGUGAUCAAAAACCUGUGUCCAAUGUUCUUACAGACGAGAACGGUGUAAAAGACGAUUCCUACGAUAAACGGCCUGGGUUGAUAAGACAGAAUGGUACAGCUAGUUGUACUAGCAGCAGUAGUAACGCCAGUAGGGACAGCAGUCGCGAAGAAAGUCCCGUGGAACAACAGCUACGCACCCCAUUGACACGAAACCAAAGUCAUCUUGAGGAUAUCAAACCUCAAACGCCAGACUCCGGACUGGAACGGACCACCCCGAAACCAUCGACGCCUAUUCCAGUCCAAAAGAAACCCGAAAGGCCGCCCUUACCUUCGUUCGACGACUUUGACUUUGACGAAUUCAUUUCCUCAUUCGAAGACGAAAGACGAUCAUUCAAAAAUGCCCUCUACUCUCGUAAUACCAACCCUAACUGCAACUCCAGUAGUAAUAGUACCAAUUUCGUUAAGCAUACCCUCAACAGUAGUCUAUUGGAUAACAGUGUGAAGAGUGUGACUAGUUUGAACAGUAGCAUUAGUAAUACCAGUAGUCCUAGUCAUUUCAACCCUCCCAAUAGCAAUCCCCACUACAAUCCUCUCAAUACCACCAAUGGUAGAUCUGAAGAGAAACAGACAUCGACGACUCUGCAACAGAAGGAACCGCCCCAGGUGCCACGACGGCGCCAUAUCGGAGAGCCUCUGCAGCCCCCGUCGCACAGCACGAUCCGCAAUCUUCCCAGCCUCCAGGGCCACAACGUACCAAAACCGGCGGAGCCAACACCGCAAGAUAUGAAGUCGCCAAAACCCUACGGAACACCUAACGACUACAUCAAUAACAAUAUCAAAAGCCCCAGCUCGCUAACUCGGGACACGCCAUCAGCGUCACGCCUCGGCAGUGGUAAUCCAUUUAACCUUCACCAUCAGCCAUACCAACAUCAACAUCAGCAGCCAUCAACACCGAACAACAACACGAUUUCAACACACCUGGUCCCACAGCCAUACACAACCACCAAUUCGCCACUGCUAGACUAUCGCAGCACCAGCAAUAGCCGACAUCAGUCUCCGCUCUUGUCGUCGCCGGCCACGGCCACCACUACCAAUGGCACUGGCAGUGGUAUUGGUGGACCCGUCGCCGGCACUGGCAAUGGCAGUGGCGGUAUCAGUUUCGACGAUCUCUCUCCGACAGAGCGGGACCUGAUGAAGAGCGUCCAGGAGCUGGACCGGAUGUGCGAAUCGUCCUCGUCGAUGUAUCCGGCCGACUCGGACGAGAUGUCCAGCGUUGAGGGGUACCCGUUGAGUAAUUCUUCGCGAGGCGAUGGUGCAAGCGGCCGGAACUACCGGGGACCUUCGGCCGAAGGUUCGAAGUUCAGCGCCGAUUCCGCUUACGGCAGCAGCUUGUCCCGACAGUCUCCUCCGGAGCAGCAACAACAACAUCACACGAUCCGCCGGGCGUACGGCCAUCACCGAGGUGGCAACAAGUCGUCGUCCAGCAACGCCGCUAGUCAACCGGAUACGUUCGACAACUCGAGUGGAUCCGAAUCCUCCCUGCCACCGAUAAUGGCCACCACCGCGCUUAAAACGCAAAAGGCGGAACUGCAUGUCGCCACCAAGUCCGCCACCACCACCCAGCAGCAAAUGUCCAAAUUCUGCCACGAGUGUGGCUCCCGCUUUAUGAUCGAUACGGCCAAAUUCUGCAUGGAGUGUGGCAUCCGGAGGAUAAUGAUAGACUAAAGAGUUUCUUUUUUUGUUUUAUAAGUUCUUUAAGUUAAUCGAAAGCGCACCUUCUAUUAUUUGUUCGUUGAUUUGAGCAGAUGGCAUUGUUAGGAUCGUGAGAGAGCUAAAUUAAAAUUCUAGUGGCAUACAUAAUUUUCCCCCCGAUUAACAAUGAUAAUCCUGUUUUGUAUUUUUAAUACAUAAUUGUAACUGUUGAAAACUCACUUUUUAUAUUUAGUUCUUUUGAGUUACCAUCUGAACAAUCUGGAUUAUAUCUUUCUAACACAAACCAAUUUAAAAUGGAAAAACAGCACAUACACACAAUGAUUAACAAAGACUGAAUCUGCAAGCAUACAAAUGAAAGCCUUAAACCAAUCACCAUUUUGGCCUUAUUUAUGAUAGGCUAUAAAUUUCAAACGCAAUGAUGCCCAUGAUCGCAUAGUUGACGUAAGCAGCACAAGUAGUUUUGGCCAUAUUUUCGUUAGUUUAACUAAGGCAAAUAUCUAGUGAAGGUGACAACUACUGAAUGUAGAAAUAUGUGGAAAUACAACAAAUCUGUUUUUUUUUUACAUAGAACUAUAUACUGAAAUUAUCACCAGAGUUACGUCAACUAUGUGUUUAUGGACAGGAACCUGAGGAUUACAUUACGUUUGUAACUUUGUUUCAUACAGUGAAAUUCGUGUUGAGAUGUAUACUAACUUGAGCAUGCUUGAAAAAAAAAUCACUGCUUUGAUAAGUGUUCAAGCGUGUGCCAGAAUAAGGGAGUUAGUAACACGAUCGAUUUCUCUUCCGUCAAUAGAAGUGACAAGAUGCAAGUUUGAUAAAAAAGUUUCACCAUAGAACGCUAUGUCAAAUGAUACCUAACUUGUAUCUUGUCACCUUUAUUCAUGGAAGAGAGGAUCGAUGAAGAUAAAUCAAUCAUGUUACUUAUGCCUUUAUUCUAACGCAUGCUUGACUUGUUCAACACUGAGUCAAAAAGUAUCAAAAUUCUCCACCAAAAUCAUAAGUCAAACUUACAAGUUGUUCCAAGCUGAUCAUGUUAAUAGAAAAUCGGUUUACAACAACCAAGUUGAUUAGCAUCUCAAUACGCUUGUCACUGUAUCUCACUGUAACACUAUUUCUUAAAACACCCAAAAGCACCGCAAUUUGCUUUAGUCACUUCAAUUAAGACAAAAUAGCACACAGUUUAGUUUUCUGUACUGCAGAUAGUAACAUAAAGUUUGCCGCAAACUUCCCAUACUCUAACAAAAAGGAAACAAAAAGCAAUUCUAAUAAAUUGCUUGGGAAUUGCUUUCCUUCUAUAAAAUUAUUUAUAAUUAGGUAUUUAUGUAGGCGGCGCAAAGUUGAACGAUUGAACAAAAAAAACGAUCAAAACGACAGUUAUACUGUGAGUAAGCGAAAGGUCGAUGAAGAAGUUACGCUUGAUUUUUCUCGAGUUACGAAUUACAAUGUGAACGAUUAAUUUGGGAAGCGAAGUAAUACAUGAAUUGUUUGUAGGGACCCCAAUAGUAGGAUACACACUUGUGAAAUAACGUUAGUUAUGGAAAUCCAGUGUUUAACAACGCAUUUUAACAAUUUAACAAAAGCCAAUACACAAACGGAGAAUAUGAUGUAUA